AUGACGGGCAGACGAGGAGGAAAUCGCAAUAUUCGUGGGCCGCAGAGUGCCUUGACGGACUUUCUUGCUGCCAACAACAUCUCUGCCGCCCAGAUCCGAGACGACUACGAGAGACGCCGACGCGAGGCCGAUCAAGAUGAGAAUGCAGGAGAAGGAGCCGCAGCCGACCCGGCGAACAUCGACGAAGCGGUGGCAUUAGCCGUCGCAGCUGAAGUCGCAGACGAGGUGGAGAAGGCCGAGAAGACGAAGAAGAGGAAACGCAAUGAAAAGGAGGCUAUUGAGAAGAUCAAGAAGGCGAAAGCUUCGGCGUCCGAGAAGGGCAAGGGGAAUAAAAAGAAGGACGAUGACGACUCAAUGGACUCCGACGCCGACUACGACGAUGCCAUCACAUACAAGAAAGCACGGCCUGCACCGGGACAAUUCGAGCACUGCGAGCUGUGCAACAAGCGCUUCACGGUCACGCCCUAUAGCAAGGAAGGACCAGAUGGAGGGCUGUUGUGCGCUCCAUGUGGGAAAGCACAGACGAAGGAUUUGAAGGCUGAGAAAAAGGUGGCUACGAAACCUGUGGGUCGCAAGAGACGGAAGAUGGAGAGUGAUCGGUUGGAUGGUAUUGCUUCUGGCGGCGCGAAGUCGUUACAGCAACUUUGCAUCUCGAAGGUUGCGGAAAGCCAUGAGGAUAUUGAAGAGCUGGGAGAGCUGCCACAAUCUUUGCUGCAGCGGUUGGGAGAGAUCUUCUCAAAGAAGCGUGUGCUGAAGCCGAAGAAUCUGCCGCUGUUCCUGCGACCGGAUCUGGACUCUGUCAUUGUACAUGACGCAGCAUACCUGGAGGUGGAGAACUACAACCAGAUCUUCGCGACGGUUCCAAAUGUUGAAAAGCUGGUGCUCGGAAACUGCUGUCAGAUGAAGGAUGAGUCAAUCGACUACAUGCUGGAGAGGUGCCACAAUCUGAAGCAUCUUCAACUCUACGCUGCGAACCUCGUCACCGACGCAAUGUGGAGACGUCUGUUUCAAGAGAUUGGCGAGAAGCUCGAGGUGGUCAAGCUGUCGUGGCUAGAUGCAUCAUUCGAUGAUGCCUCCGUUCAGCAGAUGGUUGAGAACACGCCAAAUCUACUACGACUCAAGCUCAAGCUCUGCCGGCGAAUGGGAGAAGACGCUGUCAAGGCCAUCUCACAGCUUCCCCAGCUCGAGCAUCUGUCUCUACUAAUGAGUAAGGAUGUUCCGGUGGAAGUUCUAAACGACAUGAUCUCAAAGCGUGGUCCUCUCCUUCGCACUCUGUCCCUGGAGAAGUUCAUAGACGCCGACGACACAGUGCUUGCUGCCAUCCACGACCACUGCACGCAACUUUCCAAAUUACGACUCAGCGAGAACGAUACCGCCACGGACGCUGGUUUCGCAGCUCUCUUCACCAACUGGAACAACCCACCCCUUACCUUCGUCGACUUCAACUCCACCCGUGAUAUGGAUAACAACAACCCCAACGGGCCCGAAGAUGCCAUCGGCCUCUCCUCCACCGGCUUCAAAGCCCUCAUGUCCCAUUCCGGCGAAGCUCUCCGCCACGUCGACAUCUCCUCCUGCCGCCACAUUGAGCUCUCCGCCUUCAUGGACGUCUUCAACGGCGCGAUGACGUAUCCUGCGCUGGAGUACAUCAACGUCAGCUUCUGCAAUCGCAUCGACAAUAGUGUCAUCGCGGGCAUCUUCAAGAGUUGUCCGGCUCUGAAGAAGCUGGUGGCGUUUGGAUGUUUCGAUGUUCAGGAGAUUGUGGUGCCGAGGAAGAUUGCCCUGAUUGGAGUUCCGAGGGCGCAGGAUGCGAUUGAGCAGCAUGGAGUCGGGAUUGACGUCGAGGAGGCGAUUAGUCGGAUGGUGGAGGUCGCGGCGUGA